UCGGAUCGGAAACCAGAGUGCCGGCGGCUUGGUGGGCGCGGGGAGUGCAGGCUGCUCGCCGGCGCCGCCAUGGACCCCUUCCGGGUGCUGCUGCACUCGGUGUCGGCCGACCUGUCCAGCGGCGAGCUGACCGAGCUCAAGUUCCUGUGCCAGGGGCUAGUGGGCAAGAGGAAGCUGGAGCGCGUGCAGCGCGGCCACGAGCUCUUCGAGGUGCUGCUGGAGCAGAAGGACCUGGAGGCCGAGCACACCGGGCUGCUGCGCGACCUGCUGGCCUCGCUGCGGCGCCACGACCUGCUGCAGCGCCUGGACGACUUCGAGGCGGGGGCGGCGGCGGGGGCCGCGCAGGAGGAGGCAGAUCUGCACGCAGCCUUCAGCAUCAUAUGUGAUAACGUGGGGAAAGACUGGAGGAGACUGGCUCGUCACCUUGGAGUUUCUGACGCCAAGAUCGAUGGAAUUGAGGAGCGAUACCCCCGCAACCUGGCAGAGCGGGUGCGGGAGUCGCUGAGAGUGUGGAAGAGCAGCGAGCGGGAGAAGGCCACAGUGGCCGGCUUGGUCGAGGCGCUCAGGGCCUGUCGGAUGAACCUGGUGGCCGACCUCGUGGAGGAGGAGCAGCUGGCCCGGCGGCUCCAAAACGGGAGUGAUGCUGUGUCCCCAAUGCAGUGGGACUCAGACACACACACCUCAGAAGCUCCUUGAUGGGGCUGCCGUUCUCCUUGGGGACCACGGGACUUGAUUCUCUGUACCGUGCCCAGCACUGGGCAGUCCCGUCAGGAGCCAGGCAGAGGGCCCCCCCUCAGAGCCAUGCUCCAGCUUCACAGUUAAAGCUGCGUUUCCGAGCCCUUCCUCUGCCAGGCGGGGCCUGGAAUGCGGGUGAGGGAGGGGGCUUCUGUCAUCUUCACUCAGUGAAUGCCAACCAGAGACUCGCAGCUUUGGGCACCAAGGCACUCGUUCAGAUUGCAGUCCUACCUGUUAUUCUUCAGGUGAGGAAAGGGGCUGGAGGGAGGUCAGAAGCGGCACAGCGCAUCCGGUUCCGCAGAACGGCCUUCUAACCAGCGUGUCCCACUGUGACUCCACCGUGGACAAAGGCACAUUUUGUCCCAUUCUUUGAGGCGACAGGGUAGACCUGGACACCAGCACGAGGUGCUGUCCUGGUCCAGGAGUCAGGACACCUGGCUGACUCACAGAGCGGCAGGCGACAGCAGGGCUGUGAGGGUGACCGCAGUGACGCCUGUGGAGUGCUCCCAGGAACUGGUGCACAGCCGAGCUCCGCAAUCAGUUCUCGUGAGGAGCCGGUUCCCGGGUCGCAGGUGGCUGUUCUGUGUCAGAAUUACCAUCCAGGCGGUCAUUGGCCUAGCAAGGGGCAGGACCCUGGACUUCCAAAGCCCUCCACUGAAGCCAGUGCCUUUACCUGGAGCCCUCCAGGCGCCUCUGGAAACCAGAUGGGUCCAGAGCCUUUUUCCUGAAGAGGUCACGUCACAGAGCAUCCCCACUCCUGCCGAUGACUUUCUCACGUCACGUAUUCUGAGGGGUUCGGUCCAGCGGGUGUCAGCAGCUCGUCCUGCGCUCUCCCUGUGGAAAUGGCGGCAGGGUUAUCUAAUAGCUCGCUCACCACUAGCCGGAGUAUUGAUCUAAGCAAAGGGUGAUCUGCAGAAGGCAGGUCUGCCACCUGUGGGACCUGCCUGCGCCUGCCAGGCACUGUUAUGGUUCUGGAACGUUCCCCAGGAGCUCACGCGUUGAAGACUGAGCGGUGUCCAGGAGUGGUGCUUUUACCAGGAAUGGGUCGGCCAGGCGUGUGGCGCAGGCCUGUCAUCCCAGGGACUUGGGCGGCGGAGGCAGGGUUGGAAGCUUGAGACCAGCCUCAGCAACUGAGCAAGGCUCGAAGCAACCUAGGAAGACCCUGUCCUGAACUAAAAGGGUAGGGAUGCCGCUUGGUGGUUAAGAACCCCGAGUUUGAGACCCAGUACCAAAAAAGAAAAGUGGUAUGGAUCAUGUGGCUUUAACCUCAUCAGUGGAUUCAUCCGUUUAGCGUGUCUAAUGGUUUAGGUGUGAAGUGUGCCCCCCAAGCUCCUGCGUGAGACAAUGCAAGGAAGUUCAGAGGUGAGAUAGCUGGGUUACGUGAGUUUUAACCUAAUCAGUGUGUUGAUCCCCCGAUAGGGGUUGACUGAGUGGUGACUGUGAGCAGGUCGGGUGUGACAGGACAGGUGGGUCCCUCAAGGUGGGCUUCUGUUUGGUCCUUGGUGAGAGAAGUUUGUCUCUGCUUCCUGACUGUCCUCUCCUGGGCUGCCUUCCUCCACCACACCCUUCCACCAUGAUGUCCUGCCUCACCUUCGCCCAAAGCAGUGGAGUCCGCUGUCUGUGGACUGAGACCUCCUAACCGUGAGUGCCAAAUAAACUUUUCUUCCUCUAAAA